AUGAAAGGAGUCGACCAGGAAUUGGCGAAGCUCCGAAAAAUCGUCGAGGAGCUUUCGACGAAGAAGCAUAAGCGGAGCAAGAAGGAACGAACGAUCCAAGUCAUGAAGGUAACCGAUUCGGAGAUGGAGGCAGAAGAAAUCGACAAGAAGGACAAGUUGGCGAAAAGGAAGCAGCAAGGAGGAUCCGGAGAAAUCUCCCCUCCCUACAAGCGGAAUACGAACGGGAACGAUUCGGAAUUAAUGUCGGGUAGCAACUACGAAUCGACGGGAGCUAUUGGUGGCGAGAUGACCGAGAGGCGAAUGACCGCUUUUGCGGUUAAAGCCUCGUUAAACCAAAAACAACCAACCUUGGCGCAGCCAUCAGUUCCAGUACUACCGUCGUCGAACACAGAACCAAAUUCAUCCAAAAUGACCGGCCGUGGCAAGGGAGGCAAAGGACUCGGAAAAGGAGGCGCCAAGCGUCAUCGCAAGGUUUUGCGUGAUAACAUCCAGGGUAUCACCAAGCCCGCAAUCCGUCGUCUGGCUCGUCGUGGAGGAGUCAAGCGUAUCUCCGGACUUAUCUACGAGGAAACUCGUGGUGUGUUGAAGGUGUUCCUGGAAAACGUCAUCCGUGAUGCCGUUACCUACACUGAACACGCCAAGCGUAAAACCGUUACCGCUAUGGAUGUUGUCUACGCUCUGAAGCGUCAGGGACGCACCCUGUACGGUUUCGGAGGUUAAAUCGCAUUCCAAAGUUUCGCUCUUCAAACGGCCCUUUUCAGGGCCAC